GGGUCAUGGACAGAUGUAGCACGACACAACACACGCAAAAUCUAAACGGAAAGUGAGAAAGGCGGUUCUGGGAGCGCUAUUGUGUCUCUCGUUUACCCAUGUACUGAAGUCCCGCCCAGGCAGCUCAGCCUAUAGCAGUUGGAGGACAGAAGAGACUGAGAAGAACCGCAGCCACAAGGACAUGCUAUAGUCCCCGCUAGAAUCUUCAGCUGUAGACGGAGAACGCACCUUCAAUUCAGUUAAAGGAGGAUGAUUCCAGUGACCGAAUUCCGGCAGUUCACGGAACAGCAACCAGCUUUCCGGGUUCUGAAGCCUUGGUGGGAUGUGUUCACAGACUACCUUUCUGUGGUCAUGCUCAUGAUAGGUGUGUUUGGAUGCACUCUGCAGGUGAUGCAGGACAAAAUCAUAUGCCUUCCUCAAAGGACGUUCUCACCAAACCAGACAGAGCUGAUGUGCCCACCUCCUUCCACAAAUCAUGUAGCGCUAGUGCCUGUCCAUGAGUUGAAAGGACUGAAGACCAACUUGGAUAUUCAGCAGUAUAACUACAUAAACCAAAUGUGCUACGAAAAGGCACUUCAUUGGUAUGCCAAGUACUUUCCUUACCUGGUUCUCAUACAUACCCUAAUUUUCAUGGUGUGCAGCAAUUUCUGGUUCAAGUUUCCUGGCUCCAGCUCUAAAAUUGAGCACUUUAUAUCCAUCCUGGGAAAGUGUUUUGACUCUCCAUGGACUACGAGAGCACUGUCAGAAGUGUCUGGGGAGAAUCCUGAGGAGAAGGACAACAAGAAGAACAGUGCCAGUAGGUCAAACCUUGAUACUCCAAUUGUAGAGGGCAACCUGGAGAAGACUCAGUCUUUAAGAUCAAUUCCUGAAAAGAUUGUUGUUGACAAGCCAGCAGCAAGUGUCCUUGACAAGAAGGAAGGAGAGCAAGCCAAGGCCUUGUUUGAGAAGGUCAAAAAAUUCCGCCUACAUGUGGAGGAGGGUGAUAUAUUAUAUAUGAUGUAUGUCCGUCAGACUGUUGUAAAAGUGCUCAAGUUUAUCCUUAUAAUUGCGUACAACAGUGCUCUGGUGUCAAAGGUUAGGUUUAAUGUUACCUGUACUGAGAACAUGCAGGACAUGACGGGUUACCGGUACUUCUGUUGCAAUCAUACUAUGGCCCACUUGUUCUCUAAGCUCUCCUACUGUUAUUUGUGUUUUGUUGGGGUUUAUGGACUCACAUGCCUUUAUACAUCCUACUGGCUGUUCUAUAUUUCUCUCAAGGAGUACUCCUUUGAAUAUGUUAGGCAAGAGACUGGAAUUGAUGACAUCCCAGAUGUAAAGAACGACUUUGCUUUCAUGUUGCACAUGAUUGAUCAGUAUGAUCCCCUAUAUUCCAAGAGAUUUGCAGUGUUUCUGUCAGAGGUGAGUGAAAACAAGCUGAAACAGCUCAACCUUAACCAUGAGUGGACUGCUGACAAGCUUCGGCAGAAGCUGCAAACCAACAGCAAUAACAGGCUAGAACUUCAACUCUUCAUGCUGUCUGGUCUCCCAGAUACCAUCUUUGAGGUGACAGAGCUGCAGUCUUUGAAGCUUGAGAUCAUUAAUAAUGUUACCAUACCAGCAGCCAUUGCCCAACUAGAGGAUCUCCAGGAGCUUUCCCUUUACCAGUGCUCACUCAAGAUCCACAGUGCAGCCACCUCGUUCCUCAAGGAGAACUUGAAGGUGUUGCGAGUGAAGUUUGAUGAUGGCCGUGAACUUCCACAGUGGUUGUAUGUGUUGCGGAACUUGGAAGAGCUCCAUCUGAUUGGUUCUCUGAGUUCUGAUGCGUCAAAGAACGUAACCUUGGACUCUUUACGAGAGCUCAAAGCGCUGAAGACCCUGGCACUCAAGAGCAACUUCACCAAGAUCCCUCAGUCCAUCGUGGAUGUGGCCAGCCAUCUACAACGCCUCUGUAUUUGCAAUGAUGGCACCAAGCUGGUCAUGCUUAACAACCUGAAAAAGAUGGUGAAUCUAAUAGAACUUGAGUUGGUGCACUGCGACCUUGAACGCAUACCACAUGCCAUUUUCAGCCUGACUAAUCUGCAGACAUUGGAUCUGAAGGAGAACAAUCUACGCUCCAUUGAAGAGAUCCUCAGCUUCCAGCACCUCCGUAAGCUGACCAGUCUAAAGCUUUGGCACAACGCCAUCACUUUUAUACCUGAACACAUAAAAAAACUCGGGAGCUUGGAGCGCCUCUACUUUAGCCAUAACAAGAUCGAGAUCCUACCUUCACACUUGUUCCUCUGCAACAAACUGCGCUACCUCGAUCUUUCCAACAAUGACAUCCGUUUUAUUCCACCAGAGAUAGGCGUUCUACAGAGCCUUCAAUACUUCUCUGUCAGUUGUAACAAAAUCGAAAAUAUUCCUGAUGAGCUCUUCUUUUGUAAGAAGCUCAAGACUUUGAAGCUUGGCAGAAACAUGCUGUCUGUCCUUUCACCAAAGAUUUCUUUCCUAGGUGUACUGACUCACUUGGAGUUAAAGGGUAAUCAUUUUGAGUUCUUACCAGCUGAACUUGGCUCUUGUCGCGCCUUAAAGCGCAAUGGACUUGUUGUAGAAGACGUGUUGUUUGAGACGCUGCCUUCAGACAUCAGGGAGCAAAUGCAAGCAGAGUGACUGCUUUGCUCUAAUGCCAAAUGUUGUAAUCUGACUUCUUAAGAGACUCCAGGUGUUCCGUCCUAUAGUAUGUAUUGUGAUCUAUAUGGGUGAGUACUUACAAUUUCAUUUUUAAAGCUGGACUUGUGCUUAAUGGCCUUUUAAUGCAAAAAUAGAAAUAUCUAGGGAUAAACACCUUCUAAUGCCUUAUAUUGUAUAUUAUGAAAAAGAAGUCAAGUAAAAUAAAAAAAUUAAGACUCUAAAGUUUUUUUUUUUUAAUCUGUAAGUCAUAAAAAUAGACAACUUACGACAGGGAUUCAUUUAUAGACAGUGGGAUGCAGUUCCAAUGAAUGCUUUCACUACAUAUGACUGACAUUUGCUUUCAUAAUCCAUUAAGCUUUUACAGGUCAAGUACUGUAAUGUUUUGCACUGGAAAUAGUGAUAUUAGAAUUUGCACUGGAAACUUUAACAUUCCUUUUAUUUUACUUUUUGUUUAAUGUGUAUAUAAAACUUUGCAAGGAUUUGAAGUAUAUAUGAUAGGAAAACCUACAGUUCAUGUAAUCCCCCCCCCGCAUUUUACUUUAAUUAUAAACCUUUUGGAAAGCAGGAUCCUUAUGCAUGUGUUUCUCAGGUAGACUUAACAUGUUUUUCCUUGCAUCACUGUUUUAAGGUUAAACAAGUUUUACAGCUGUUGGUAGUAGAUCCUGGGCAGAUAAAGAGAACCACAUUGCAGUAUAUGGUACCAGCUUUAACUGUCAUAUAGCUUUUUUUAAAGGGUUCUUUAUCCUGCUGUGGUUUGCUUAGUUUAAACAAUUACUCUGAUUUGACUUCUCCAGUGCAAGACAGAAUCCAGAUGCAGAAGGGAUUUCUCUUACAUUAUCUUAGCCUUUUAUUGUACAAAAAUGUUUUCUCGUAAACCAACAAUGUACUAUAAUAGACAUUUUAAUCAUCAUAUUAGUCAAGAAGAGUAUUUGUCAAUCUUGUAUUGUACGCUGUAAUUGUUUCUAUUUCAUGCAAACUUAAGGAAAAAAGCUCUAGGAUUAUAUACAAACAAAUGCAUUUUAAGAAUGUAUUCUUUUAUAUUGUCCUUUAUGCAAAAAAUAAAUAGUCAACGAUCUCGCAAGGUGCACCAAGACAAAUCAGGUAGACUUUAAGUUUCCUAAGUAUUUUCUCUUAGCUACUCAGAGAUCUUAGAAGAGUGUCUUUAUGUCAUGUACAUGGUAAUUACAUUGUCUCUGAUCUGAUCUUGCCUUGGGAGAGGUGACUCAUCUGAUGUACUGAGAUCAGCAUGUGGCCUUUUCUACAGACUGCCAGUUACAUUGCCAUCAUAACAAACAAGUAUUGAAUCAGUGUUUCACGUGUAUUGUCUCGGAAUUCAUACACCUUAGAAGAAGGCGCUAUAAGAAGUUAAGACUGAAUACUUGAGCUAUGUAGAUCACCAGGCAUUUUUGUGUUUUUCGUGUUGUAUUUCAGUAAUAUUAUCUAUAUGAAUAGCUUUGGAUCAUGUGUAGGUUUUUUUUCCCUUUUUUUUUUUUAAACACAAGACCUGUCUUGGGUUUGGAAGGUUAGUUGCUGUUUUGGUCUUGUGUCUGCAUGUUAAAGGUCAUAAUGGCAUGAAUGCCAAAGUGCAAAUCUAUGCAUAAAAUGAAGGAUGUAGAUUCUUGCCAUUAGAUAUAGGUGCUGACAUAAUGCAGUACACCCAUAUGCCUUAUUUUUUUCUGUUUUGUAUCAUUUGCAUUCUACCAAAGUGUUUAUAAUUUGUAAAACGGUAUAAAUAAAAUGCAUUUUUUUUUGUC